GAUGCUACGAAGGCCCAUGUGCAUGUCGGGCCCGUCGGUGGCAUUGAUUGCAUCGCCUGUUUGGUCGCCUCCUCCUCCGGUCCGGCGGCUGCAAUGGCGCCUCUCCCUCCCGGUCCCCGGCGCGCCGCCGCAGGGCUCAGGACCCGCCUGCGGCUGGCGCGAGCCGCCCGCCUCGCCCCAUUGGCCGCCGGCGACGUGUGCCUCUUGCCGUUUCGAAACUGGCGGUGGGUGCUCUGCCCAUCUCUCCAGCGACACCCCCGCCUCUGCCUCCGUCGAUGAAAACAUCGAUGAUUCGUUCCACGAAGGAAAGAUCAAGAUUGGCGGGGCAAAAUGCUGCGGGAUUCCUUGCUCCUGAUACCAGGGCCCAGGGGACAAAGUUACCACGCCGGGCACAAGCAAAGCAAACCAAAGGUCUCAUAUUGCUCGGUAUUCUUCCUCCCAUUGGGCCAGCUCCUUUGGUGAAAGACAGGAAACUAAAGCAGCGUGGCCAGCGAUUCUGCCUGCCGUAUGAAAGCCGAAAGGAACGCGGAAAUCUUGUUUGUUAAUGUACGGGGAAGCGUGAGGGUGGUGUAGUAGUGCAGAUCAAUAUUGACAGGGCAUCCAUCAAGAUUGCAGGAGUACUUGUCUUUUGCAUCUAUCCUUUGAGUGUGGCCGAACGAGGCAUAGGCGCAGAGCAGCGCAAAGAAAUGGUCACCUUCAGAAUCUAUUCAUUGAGUGUCCUGGCAAGCUCAGAGGAAUGCAUCUUUGUUCUUCUCGUCACCUCUAAGCAGAGGAUAAGAAUGGAUUUAGCUCUCACCUGCAAACCAAAGGUAUCUUCUCUUGCUUGCCUUGACAUACACAGAAUCAGCAAGUCCUGUAUCAUUGAAAGACUCCUGUCUUCAACAUUUCAUUUCAGAAGAUCAAUCUGUCCCUUGCACCUGCACAUUGUCCUCAACCACUUUAUCCACAUAUUCUUGACAAGCCACAGUGAGUGCGCGUGUGAGCGAGAAAGGUGGUGAUGGAAGCUACAGGGUUGAGCUUGGGCAAGUCUGUGCUGGAUGGAGCACUUGGCUAUGCCAAAUCUGCUGCUGCAGAGGAGGUGGCCUUGCAGCUCGGCAUCCAGCGCGAUCAUGCUUUCAUCAGGGACGAGCUCGCGAUGAUGCAGGCUUUCCUGAGGGCCGCGCAUGGUGAGAGAUAUGACCAUGAGGUGCUCAUGACCUGGGUGAAGCAAGUCCGUGAUGUGGCCUACGAUGCGGAGGACUGCCUUCAAGAUUUUUCCAUCCAUCUCAAGAAGCCAUCUUGGUGGCGCCUUCCUAGCACGUUGCUAGAGCGACACCGCAUCGCCAAGCAGAUGAAGGAGUUGAGGGCCAGAGUUGAGGAUGUGAGCCAGAGGAACCUGCGCUACCAGCUCAUCAAGAGGGGUGGUUCCAAGCCUGAUACCACCGCUGGGCUAUCCAGCAAUAAAGCUGCAGCAAUAUUUGGCAUCGAUGAAGCACGGCGUGCUGCGAAGCAUGACAAACCAAAAGAGGAUCUUGUUGACCUCAUCAACCAGGAGGGCAAGGAUCUUAGAGUUAUCGCAGUAUGGGGAACCAGUGGUGAUCUUGGGCAGACAACCAUUGUCAACAUGGCUUACGAGAAUCCAGUUAUCAAAAAGAAGUUUCCAUGCCGAGCAUGGGUUAGGGUCUUUCAUCCAUUCAAUCUGAAUGACUUCGUCCAAAGCUUAGUGAAGCAGUUUCGAUCUGCCAUGGGGAUUGAUGUUUUGUUGGAGACCGAGAAGACAGGGAAAGAGUUGGCUAAGGAGUUCACCAGAUAUAUAAACGAGAAUAGUUACCUAAUUGUGCUCAAUGACAUGUCCACCUUUGAAGAAUGGAAUGGGAUUAAAGCAUGUCUCCCCAACCACAAGAAAGGGAGCCGAAUCAUAGUUUGCAGCCCACAAGUUGAAGUUGCAAGCUUGUGUGCAGGGCAGGAAAGCCAAGCAUUGGAGCUCAAGCAGUUGUCCAUUGAUCAGACUAUUUAUGCUUUCUAUGAGAAGGAUUGUCAAGAUCAAAUAAAAUCUCCAGUUGCAGUGUCUAGCAUAGACAAAGCCAGAAGCGGCACCAAUGUGAUAGUGGGAAAUCAAUCUCAAGGUGGCGAUGAGAGAAAGGUAUUCACAAAGAGCCUUACCCACAUCAAAACUAUGGUAAGUGCUUUGGAGGAAUCACAACUUAUUGGUCGACAGAAAGAAAAGGCUGAUAUCAUCCAGCUCAUUUCAAAUCCAUCUAGUCAAGGGCUUUCAGUGAUCUCAGUGUGGGGAAUGGGUGGUCUUGGUAAAACUGCUCUAGUCAAAGAUGUUUAUGAAAGCCAAAAGCAAGUUGGCAUAUUUGAGAAGCAUGCUUGUGUUACGGUGAUGCGCCCUUUCAUUCUUAAGGAGUUCCUUGAGAACUUAAUUAUGCAACUAAAUGCACAAUCUUCUGGAAAGAAGGGAGCAAUAGAUGUUGGGCAUGGCACAAGAAACACAGUAGCAAUGAUGAGAGUUGAAGCAUUAAUUAAAGAGUUAGCUAGGCUUCUUGAAGGGAAGAAGUGCUUGAUUGUUCUUGAUGAUCUUUCAUCCAUAGCGGAAUGGGACAAUAUACUUGGAAGCUUCCCUAAAUUGGAUAGUUCAUUCCGGAUCUUAGUGACCACAAGGGAAGAAAGUAUAGCAAAAUAUUGUUCAGAGAAACUAGAAAACAUAUACAAGCUCAAAGUUCUUGAAUACAAGGAUGCACAAGACCUCUUCACAAGAAAGGUGUUUAAGGAGGCCAAAGAUUUGGAUAAGCAUCCUGAAUUGAUCAAAGAAGCAAAAAUGAUCUUGAAGAAGUGCAAUGGACUUCCUCUUGCAAUAGUCACCAUCGGUGGCUUCUUGGCAAAGCAACCAAAAGUAGCGGUAGAGUGGAGGAAAUUGAACGAGCAUAUUAGUGCUGAAUUGGAAAUGAACCCAGAGCUUGGGGCCAUAAAAACAAUUCUUGGUAAAAGUUAUGAUGGUCUACCAUAUCAUCUUAAGUCUUGUUUCCUAUAUACAUCCAUCUUCCCUGAAGAUCACAAGGUUAGUCGAAGACGUUUGAUACAACGGUGGAGUGCAGAAGGUUACUCAAGGGAGAUUCGAGAUAAGUCCCUAGAAGAAGUAGCUGACAACUACUUUAUGGAACUAAUAGAGAGGAGCAUGAUCCUACCUUCUCAGCUAUCAGUUAAUAGUAGAAAAGGAAUUGACUCUUGCCAAGUCCAUGAUCUCAUGCGUGAGAUUAGCAUCUCAAAGUCAACAGAAGAAAAUCUCGUUUUUAGAAUGGAGGAAGGUUGCAGCUCAAACACCCAGGGCACAGUUCGCCACCUUGUCAUAAGCACCAACUGGAAAGCAGAUAAGAGUGAGUUUGAGAACAAAGUGGAUCUGUCCCGCAUACGUUCGUUAACAGUGUUUGGGAAGUGGAGGUCCUUUUUCAUUUCUGACAAGAUGAGGUUCUUGCGUGUGCUGGACUUGGAAGGCACGUCAGGUCUGGUUAGUCAUCACCUAAAGCAUAUUGGGAAGCUUCUUCACCUCAGAUACCUUUCUCUAAGAGAAUGUAAAGGUAUUUUUCACCUAUCAGAUUCGUUGGGUAAUCUAAAGCAACUAAAAACACUAGAUAUUUCGGGGACACUUAUAUUAAAGCUGCCCAAGACCAUCACCAAGCUCAAGAAGCUACAAUAUCUUCGUGCUGGGACUGUUGGAAAGGAUGAUGAUUCAUUGAAAGUGUUUUUUGAAGAACUGCCAAAAGUAGUGAAUAACAGGCCAUGCUUUUGUAUGGGUUGGUUGCUAGGAUUUUGCGUGGCAUGUUGCGCACUUCAACUUUUUAAAGAGGCUACGGAUGGGGAUGAUGAUAUGAACAGGUGUGAUGUAUUCACUCAGUGUUGCUGCGUCAUGCUUCCUUUUCUGAUGGUGAAAGAAGGUGCAACUUGGAUGCCAAGAGGGAUGGGGAAACUAAAAUCCCUGCGCACAUUGGGUCUUGUGAAUCUGGACAAAGCAAUUCUACGGGACAUAAAAGGACUGACCCAGUUGCGCAAGUUAGCUGUGACCGGCAUCAACAAGGAAAACAGCCAGGAAUUGUGUUCAGUCGUUGCCAAUCUCAGCUGCCUGGAAUCUUUGCUAGUGCAGGCAUGUGGGAUGCCAGGUUUGCAUGGCUGCUUAGAUGGCUUGACCUCCGCUCCGAAAAACCUGCAAAGCCUCAAGAUAUACGGCAAUCUGCUCAAAUUGCCAGGAUGGGUCGAGGAGCUCAAGAAUCUUGUGAAGUUGGUUCUAAGGAGCUCUAGAAUACUGGAACACGAACCUGCACUCCAAGUUCUUGGGAAGCUUCCAAACCUGGUCAGCUUACGUCUGUGGGCCAAGUCGUUCCAGGUUGACGACCUCCGCUUCACCUUCCAUCCGGAGGCUUUCCCGAGUCUGAUAGUGCUGGAGCUAAAUGACAUAGAUGGCCUGAAAUCGGUGGAGUUUGAAGAAGGGGCAAUGCUUCGGCUUGAGCGGCUGGAUUUUUGUGGCAAGCUUGAAGAAACCAACACAGGGAUGUUUUCCGGGCUACCAUUGCUCCGGAGCCUCAAGGAAUUUAUGCUGGACAGCAAAACUUAUGAGCACGCUUUCAUGGAAGACCUGCAGGGCCAGCUUGGUGCCAAUCCAAAUGGACCCGCUUUGAAGAUGUGGUGAGGUGCUGCAGAGUCAGCCGAUCGUCGUGCCAGCUAAGGUCGAUCGUGUCAGUAUCCCGUGGGCCUAGUGCGGCGUCUCUGAAUCAUCUGUUUUUUGUUUUGUUCGUCUGUACGUACGUAUUCCUUUUUUUGCUUAUGUGGUUGUGCCAAAUAAGAAUAAUUGGCGUGCUGCUCCAUCAUGCAUCGCCUGAUAGAAGUGAAAUAAUGUUCUUCAAUUCAGUAAUUGGGCUACAAAGACUGGUGUGGACUAUAUAUGAAUAAUUGUACAGGUCAUUUGUAUGAACGUUCACCACAAUGAUCUGCAGGGUCGCUGGUUGUGUA